AUGGACUUUACAGAAAUCUACAAACAAUCCGGAAACCUUGCGUCGUUUAGCCCAGGCGCUCACUUCAUUCUCAACGUCGUCGAAAACACCUUGAUUGUCAGGCGAACGGACACUCUACAGAUCACGCGCACAUGGACAGUCAGCGCGCCUUCCAGCACAGCUACCAUUCUGUCCAACUCAAAACCAACCCCAUUAAGCUCAGGAGUCUCGCAAGAAGCGUGGAUAUCUCAUGCUGGUUGGUCUUGCGACUCUGAAUAUCUCCUUGCUGCUUCCGCGAAGAAAGGCAUAGUAGAGGUUUUCAAGCUCCGGGACGAAAAUUGGAAUGCCCGAAUCGAAGCCGGUGUUGAAGGCCUCCUCAAAGCUGAGUGGGCACCGGAUGGUCGCCACAUUCUCUGUUUUUCUCAGUGGGGCCUUCGAGUUACCAUUUGGUCUUUAGUCACCGGCAAUGCCACAUACAUACAGUUCCCAAUACACCCUGAUAAAGGUUAUGCUUUCCGUUCGGAUUCCCGUUACUUUGUCUUGGCUGAGCGACAUAGAUCAAAAGACGCCAUCGGUGUGUAUGACGCAACUGACGGUUACAAACUAGUACGGCAUUUUCCUGUACCGACGUCCAAUCUGUCAUCGCUGGCUUUAUCCCCGACUGGUAAUCAUAUCGCCGUUUGGGAGGGUAUUUUGGAGUACAAGUUGCAGAUCUUGUCUCUAGCUGGAGAUGUGCAAGGGACUUUUUCACCCAAGCCAAAUCCAGGGUUCGGCGUUCGUAAUGCAGCUUGGCAUCCUGCUGGGAUGUUCCUUGCCGUGGCAGGAUGGGAUGAUAAGAUCCACAUCCUUGAUGGCCUAACUUGGUCUGCCGCUGCAACACUCGAGUUGUCAAGUAAGAUACCAGCAGGCGCUACGCUAUGGCGGGAACCGUCAAAUUGGCUUGAAACUACGCAGGGUCGAGGGUUUCUAUCUUAUGAACGACUACAAGGCCCACAAACAAUCAGCUUACAGCGCACAGAUCCGACGAAGCCGAACCCAAAGUCGGGUGCGGUCCAGCUUGAAUGGAAUAAGACUGGCACGUUACUGCUAGUGCGGUUUGGAAACUGCCCCACGGUAGUCCAUUUGUACGAUUUUCCAGCAUCAUCGGAUCCAUUUGUUCCCCGACUGCGUUGUCUUCUUCAACACGCGAAGCCAGUCCUGCAGGCACAGUGGAACCCGGUCCGUAUAGGCAGCUUGGCCCUGUGCAGCGGGAGUAGUAGUAUCUAUACAUGGAGUGACGAAUGGAUUGGAGAGAAUGGGGUAGAGGAAGAUAUGGCAGAGUGCAUCGGUGUACCAGCGAACACAAAAUUUGAAACAAGAAGUAUUAAAUGGGCUCCCGACGGCAAAGGGCUGGUAUUGUUAGACAAGGAGGUGUUUUGUUGCGCGUUUGAGGUGGAAGAAGAUAGUACGGAAAGCUAA